AUUAACAAUCAAACGGUCUCUCAAUUAAUAUAAUCAGUGAUUCAUCUACUUUCUAUAAGAUUUUGACAAGGGAUUAAAACUUGAGACAUAAGAUGAUUGCUCGAACUUUACUGCAAACCUGGUUGAACUUCAUAAUAAUUUUCCUCUUCGUUCAACUUGGCAGAACCGACUUUCACUGUAGAAGGAAGGGAUUUUAUUGUAAAAGUGGAGGAAUUUGUAAUGCUGAGGAUGGAUCAUGUUCUUGUCCCGCAACUCACACUGGAUACGACUGUUCAUUAGAUGCUGACAAAAUGGAAUGUGAAAAAAAUCCAUGUGAAAACGGGGCUACCUGUUACGAGCAGGACAAAUGUUUCUGUUCACCUGAUUAUUAUGGAGAAAGAUGUCAGUAUAAAACAGUUUCUCAAGAAUGUUUAGGUUCUGAAAUGAAAAUGGCGUUUGUCGUCCCAGACACGUUUAGUGGAGAGAUUUACCUUAGUGAGGAUGCAGACAACUGUAAAUUCAAUCAGAUGGAAUCAGGUGUUUCCGGAUUAAACAAGUACUCUUUGUCAAUUCCGUUUAAUUCCACUGAUAAUUUGUGUACACAGUCUAUCAACCAAACAAAAGAUGUACCAAUGGAGGGAGAUGUAAGCCGAUUUGUGGAUGUCGUGGUCAGUUAUAACCCACUGUUUAUAUCAAGUACCGAUAGUAUCAUCAUAUAUAGUUGUAUCCACAAAGGUUCCAAUUUUACUAUGUUUGCUGAACUCGAUGAUGUUGGUUUAAAUGAAAGAACAAACUUAAAGAAAAACACCCUUUCUGGAACCUAUUUACCUGUGAAGUUUGCAGUCCAAAAUAAAGAUGGCCAGCCAUUAGAUAAGCCUCUGUUUGUGGGAGACAUCUUUAAGUUAUUAUUCUACCUUUCAGAUACGGAUGUGUAUGAAACUCUGAGAAUUGACAACUGUAUAGCCAAUAACACGUUGGCAGGGAAGCCGUUACAGUUUGAAUUUGUUAAGGAUGGAUGCCCCACUGAUGACGGAAAGAACAUUAUGGUGAAUACAGAAGGUCCACUUGCAGCUAAGUACUUAAAACCUGGUUCAACAGAAGUACUACCAGCUUCAGAACUCUUCAUGUACGCGUUCAAAUUCAAAGGAACAACAAAUGUUGGCUUUAACUGUGCUGUUAAAAUAUGUAAAAAAGGAGAAGCAAGCUUUUGUAGACCUGUAAGUAUUCAUUUUUAUGGAAUACUUUUGUAUAACUUCCGUAAAUUGCAAGUGGCCCAGAAUACUCUGUUAAAAAAUAAAAGAUAA